CCACGACCCAAACAGUGCAGAGAGACGGGGGGGGAAAGCAGCGCCGCAGCCCUGCAGGAUAGCAGCAUAUUAAAACGCAACGCAGUCGGCCAGCUCUGGCUGCAUGGGCUAGUUUGAUAGCAUUGUCUGAGUGGCGCUGCUUCAACUGCAAACGGGAUUCGUAACUACGCUCCAGCUGUGUUUUCUCUAUCUCCCCCUCGAGUCCCCGGCUACAAGAUGAUGAAGUUCAGGUUUCGCCGGCAGGGAAACGACCCGCAGAGAGAGAAGAUCAAGCAGGAGCUGUUUGCCUUCAACAAGACGGUGGAGCAUGGGUUCCCCCACCAGCCCAGCUCCCUGGCGUUUGACCCAAGGCUGCACAUCAUGGCCAUAGGCACCAAGUCUGGUGCUGUCAAAAUAUAUGGCGCUCCUGGCGUGGAGUUCACAGGGCUGCACAAAGACACCGCCGCUGUCACCCAGAUCCAAUUCCUGCCCGCUCAGGGCCGGCUUCUGUCACUGCUCGACGACAACUCCAUCCAUCUGUGGGAGCUGGUGGGCGGGGCUCCCAGGGAAGUGGGCGGAGCCAGACGGGAGCCAACGGUGGGGCUCCAGGAAGUGCGUAGUUACUGCCUCCCAGGGAGGCCCGGCAUCGAGAACUGCAGCACCUCACGGGUCACCGUCCUCCUCCUCCUGGGGUCAUGUGACCUGCUCUGUGUCGGGACCGAGGGAGGGGGCGUCCACUUCCUGGAUUUGCCACGCCUGUCGCUGAGGGAGAACCAAUCACUUCUCCAAGACCAGGUCAUACAGAGCUUGCCAGAUGACUACCGAUGUGGCAAGUCUCUGGGGCCAGUGGAGUCUCUCCAGGAACACCCCCAGCAGCCAGGGGUGAUUCUGAUAGGCUACAGUCGAGGCCUGGUGGUGCUAUGGGAUCUGAGCACGCGCCACGUGGAUCACCUCUUCCUGGGCAAGCAGCAACUAGAGAGCCUGGUGUGGGAGCGUUCCGGGAAGUCGUUCGUCGGUUCCCAUAACGACGGGGGCUACUCGGUGUGGGCAGUAACCAGCGGUAACCCCUACACCCAGCAGCCAGUAUCCUCCACCAUCCCCUAUGGUCCGUUCCCCUGCAAGGCCAUUAGCAAGAUCCUUCUGAGGACCACAGUGUCUGGUGCUCCCAUGCUGCUGUACAGCGGUGGGAUGCCCAGGGCGAGCUACGGGGACCGCCACUGUCUGACCGUCCAGCAGGACAAGGAGCACGUCACGCUGGACUUCACGUCCCGGGUCAUCGACUUCUUCACCAUCCACAGCGUGGAGCGGGAGCAAGAGUUUGACGAGCCCUCGGCCGUGGUGGUGCUGCUGGACGAGGAGCUGGUGGUGGUGGACCUGCACACCCCCGGCUGGCCCACGCUGCCCACCCCCUACCUGGCCCCGCUGCACUCCUCGGCCAUCACCUGCUCAUGCCACGUCUCCAGCGUACCCCCCAAGCUGUGGGACAGGGUGCUGCAGGCCGGCCGCGCCCAGCGACAGGCACCGCAGCAGCAGCAGCAGCAGCAGCAGCGCGGGAGUUGGCCGAUCUGUGGAGGGAAAAACCUGGCGCCGUCAGCGAAACAGCAGGAACUGCUACUGACUGGCCACGAGGACGGCACCGUACGCUUCUGGGAUGCAUCGGGCGUGGCCCUCACGCCGAUCUACAAGCUCUCCACUGCCGGCGUCUUCCACACGGACUGCGACCCCGCCGACGACCCCCAGGGCCCCGACGACGACCCUGACGACCGGCGGGAGGAAGAGGACGAGUGGCCCCCCUUCAGGAAGGUGGGAUGUUUUGACCCCUACAGCGAUGACCCUAGGCUUGGCAUCCAGAAGAUCACUCUGUGUAAAUACAGCAACAAGCUGGUGGUGGCUGGAACUGCCGGACAGGUGCUGAUCCUGGCUCUGAGUGACGAGCGGUCGGACCACCAGGUCGAGGUGUCGGUGGUGGACCUGCUCCAGGACCGGGAGGGCUUCACCUGGAAGGGCCACGGCCGUCUGGACCCCCGCGCCCGCCCGGGCCCCUUCCCCCCGGGCUUCCAGCCCCAGCUGCUGGUGCAGUGCAUGCCCCCCGCCUCGGUCACCGCGGUGACGCUGCACGCAGAGUGGCACCUGGUGGCGUUCGGCACCAGCCACGGCUUUGGCCUGUUCGACUACCAGCGUCGCAGUGCCGUGCUGGCCAGGUGCACCCUGCACCCGAAUGACUCCCUGGCCAUGGAGGGUCCGCUGUCCCGGGUCAAGUCCCUGAAGAAGUCUCUCCGCCAGAGCUUCCGGCGAAUCCGCAAGAGCAGGGUGUCUGGCAAGAAGCGCCCCGUCCCCACCACCAUGCCCACCAGCAAGGUCCAGGAGGCCAACGCGGCCUUAGCGGAGCAGGAGGAUGUGGCCCCGGUGCAGCGGCGCAUCGAGCCGCGCUCCGCAGACGACUCGCUGUCCGGCGUGGUCCGCUGCCUGUGCUUCGCCGACACCUUCCUGCGAGACGGAACGCACCACGGCCCUACCCUCUGGGCGGGCACCAACUCGGGCAGCGUGUACGCCUACGCCCUGGAGGUCCCGGGUGUUGGCUCUGGGCCGGGCCGGGGGGGCGAGCCGGGCAGUGGCAGCGGGGGGGGGGGAGGAGGAGGGGGCGGGGCUGGCAGCAGCGUGGAGGCGUUGCUGGGGAAGGAGAUCCAGCUGAUGCACCGCGCCCCCGUGGUGUGGAUCUGCGUGCUGGACGGUCGCGGGCGCCCGCUGCCGGAGCCCUACGAGGCGUCCCGGGACCUCGCCGCCGCGCCAGACAUGAGCACCGCCCACUCGGUGCUCAUCGCCUCGGAGGAGCAGCUCAAGGUGUUCUCCCUGCCCAAAGUGAGUGCCAAGACCAAGUUCAAGCUGACGGCCCACGAGGGCUGCCGCGUGCGGCGGGUGGCGCUUGUGGCGCUGAGCUCGGCCGUGCAGGAGGACUACAGCGAGCACACCCUGGUCUGCCUCACCAACCUGGGGGACAUGCACCUCUUCAACGUCCCGGCGCUCAGGCCCCAGGUGCGCUACGACUGCAUCCGGAAAGAAGACAUCAGUGGCAUUGCGUCCUGCGUCUUCACCAAAACUGGCCAGGGGUUCUACCUGAUCUCCCCCUCAGAGUACGAGAGGUUCUCCCUCUCGGCCAAGGUCAUCACAGAGCCGCUCUGCUCCCUGCAGCUGGACCGCCCGCUGGAGCACGCCUCAGCCAGUGACGGCCCCACAACACAGCCACGGGCCAACGGGACACACAAAAACCAGAUGGAUCAAGCUGAGGGUCAGGCAGAGGACCUCCAGAGCGGCCUGUCCUCCCCCGCCCAGGACUCUCCCCUUGACUCACCGCUCAGCUUCGCUGACCUCACCCUGGACUCCACUGGGGAGCUCACUGUGGAGGACGUCCGGGACUUCCUCACGACGGUGGACGAAGUGGAGAACAACAUGAGGAACAUCAAAGAGGAAGAGGGGCGCACCGCGGGUAUCUUGAUCAACUGACCAAGAAGCGUCUUGGCCGUCGCCUGCAGUUGUCCAGUGGAGGCACCGAUAACCGAUAACCGUUAUCUAGCCAUACGGCUAGAUAACAGAACAAGCAGCGGACAAAGAUACUGGGUACGCCCCCAACCGUACCAUCUCCUGCUCCUCCUCCUCCUCCUGCUCCUCCUCCUCCUCCUCCUCCUCCUCCUCCUCCUCCUCCUCCUCCUCCUCCUCUCAGUACAACAGCACAGCCCCCACACGCCCAUCCACUCUGACUAUGGACACGAUAUUAGAAGAACGGAGCGUGGACAGAAGAAUACAAAGUUUCCUACUGGAUGGACCCCCAUCUUCUACAGAAGCACUCGGGAACGUGACCUCACCCGCCCUAUGAGUAUUAUGCCAGGACGCACAGGCAUGCAUGUGAACCAUUGAUUACAUGGUUCAUGGUUGGUUUGGUGAGCCAUGACCCCCCCCCCCCCCCCCCCCCCCCCCCCGCCUGGCUGGCUGGUUCUGGAUGAGGCAGAACUACCAUUGGCAGUAUGGUACAGCCUGCUGGCACUGCCCUGUGGACCUCUCUCUUUGUGUCACUCUCGCUCUGUCACACACUCGCUCUCUUUCUCUAACUCCCCCCCCCCCCCCCCCCCCGCUGUCUGCCUACCAAUUAGGGAAAGGAGUUCUUAAUGUUUUCUUUCUUCCAGGGCAGAACUAUCGGUGCUGUUGUGAGUUGAUGAACACCUCUCUCUUAACGGAGCCCCGUCCCCUCCUCGGUAUCAGGGCUCCUCUAGGUGCUGCUUUGGGGGCUCUUCCACUGGUGCUCUCUCCUCAAGAACAAACUGUCCAUGUGCACAACAGUAGACUUACUGGAGCUGUGAGGCACGCUGCGAAUUACAGCCACAGAGCAGCCCUCCUCACACCCCCCUCCAUCCCCCAUAACUAUAAACUGUGAAUCGGUUGAAGAGAAUGAAAGGGAACAAUUGUAGCAUUCACCCGACUCUUUUGUUUUUUGUUUUUCUCCCGAGAGAUCUGACCGGUCUUCUUUGAGUACUGGGAGCUAUAGCGUUUCCCGCCAUGUCGUUCCAGCCAGAAUUGCUAACAUAUCUUUGCAAUGGAGCAGGACCCUGAUGAACUAUGUUUGUAUCUGUCUUAAUAACUUAUAAUGAAGAGCCACACUAACCACAGUGGGGACCGAGGCUCGCCGUUUACCCUCGGAUGGGGAAAGGGUGAAGGGGAUAAUGCAGUCGUUUGUCUGCAGACGAAGCUGGC